CAGAAACCGGUAGAUAAACAGCCGAAUUACACCCGGCUGUUGUCAGAGCUACACUGAAGCCUGUCGGAAUGUCAUCCACCGAUAACGUCGCCUGUUCGUCGCCGAGCAUUUCAUUCAUUUCUGCCGUGACCACCGCGCACACAUGAUCAGCUGAGCCAUCGGCGGUCGCGCUCAUCUGCAGAGCACGCCACCCGCUGAGCACGUCGGCGGAGCACGGCCGAUAGCACGGCACCGGCCGUGCAAGGCGGUGAAAGGGCGGCGGCGCGCAUGCGCACUGGCGCGGCUAUAAGAAGUGGCUGGCGUGGCCGGCUCGUGGCGUGUCUGUCGGGGAAGCGCCACCAUGAAGCUACCGCUGCUGUGCGCCGCCCUUCUCGUGCUGGCUGGGGCCAACGCCUCCAGCCUGCAUCGGGAAAAACGGCAGUCGCCCGCCACCAUCCGUGCUAAGGAGAAGAGCACAGUCGACGAACUCUGCAAGGGUCGCGGCGACGAAUUCUUCCGUCUCAGCACCGACGGCGACUGCAAGGAGGUCUACAGGUGCACCCGGGCAGGCCUGAAACGCAUCCAAUGCCCGGAGGGACUUGCCUUCGAUGUCAAACAGCAAACGUGCCUGUGGCGGAAAAAUGUCAACUCCUGUGACCUCCUGGAGAAGCCGAAGAAGGUGCUGCCCAAGCUGGUGACGGAUGAGCCGCUGUGUCCUGUGGGUCAGCUGGCCUGCGGAAACGAUGAUUGCCUCGACUCCAUCCUCUUCUGCGACGGAGUGGCCGACUGCUCCGACGGCUCCGACGAAAACGCCUGCACCGUCGGCGUGGACCCCAACGGAGCCGAGGUGUGCGACACAUCCCGGUGCACUCUGAACGAGGGCUGCUUCUGCUCUCCGGACGGCACUCUCAUCCCCGACGGCCUGGAGCCCGAGCAGACGCCGCAGAUGAUCACCAUCACCUUCCACGGCUCCGUCAACGUCGACAACAUCGGCAUCUUCCAGGACAUCUUCCGCGACGACCGCCAGAACCCCAACGGCUGCACGGCCAAGGGCACCUUCUACGUCUCGCACAAGUACACCAACUAUUCGGCUGUUCAAGAGCUGAGCCGCAAGGGCCACGAAAUAGGAGUCUUCUCAAUCACCAACAACGACGACCCCGAUUACUGGUCGUACGGCGACUACGAGACCUGGCGUGACGAGAUGUCCGGCGCGCGUGACAUCAUCGAGCUCUACGCCAACAUCACGGGAGUCAUUGGCCUGCGCGCGCCGCAGCUCCGUGUCGGAGGCAACACGCAGUUCGUCAUGAUGCAGGACCAGGAGUUCGUGUACGACUCAUCCAUCACCGCGCCUCUGGGCCGCGUGCCCAUCUGGCCGUACACGCUCGACUACCGCAUGCCGCACAAGUGUCUGGGCACCUCGCAGAACUGCCCAUCGCAGUCGCACCGCAUCUGGGAGAUGGUUAUCAACGAGCUGGACCUGCGCGAAGACCGCAAGGUGGACGAGCGUCUGCCGGGCUGCCACCUGCUCUCUUCCUGUACCAGCAUCCGCUCCGGAGAACAGUUCGCCGCCAUGCUGCGCAGCAACUUCGAGCGCCACUACACGACCAACCGCGCUCCGCUCGGUCUCCACUUCACCGCCGGCUGGCUCAGCAGCAACAAGGACUUCACCAAGGAGCUGAACAAGUUCAUCGACGAGAUGCAGACCAAGAACGACGUCUACUUCCUCAGCAACCGGCAGGUGCUCGCCUGGAUGGAGAACCCGACACCCAGCAAUGACAUCCGCGACUUCCUUGAGUGGAAGAACGAUUGCGACGUCAAGGGUCUGCCGUACUGCUCGCUGCCCAACGCCUGUCAGCUCACCACCAGGGAGCUCCCCGGCGAGAACUUCUACCUGAACACGUGCAUGGAGUGCCCUAAGAACUACCCGUGGCUCAAGGACUUCACCGGCAACGGGUUCGCCCUGUAGACUGUCACCAGUCCAUCACACCUCAGGAGGUGCUCGUGGCCUCGCGACGCGACACCACGCCGAGCACUGCGGGUGUCCUCGCGCCGAGACGUCAGCACAGCCGACCGAUCGGCCGUUGUUUUGAGCUGUGAUCGGGGUGAUCCGUUAUGCCCGCCGUUCGCUUACAUCGCGGGCGUGGUCCCAGUCGUCACCCACUUUAUUACUGUGUUAUUGCCUUGUUCGAUAUUGCAUGAUGCGAAAUAUGUUGCGGCGACAUAAUUCUGAGACUAUCAUAACGUCACCUUAACAAUGGCUACUGGAAACUCUCGCAAAAACAACCAUCAUCCAGACACGCAAAAUAGGAUGCAUGUCAAUUAUGCCGCCACCACUGGAAUAAUUCCUUCGUCACAUUUUAACAGUUGUGAAAUCUAGUCAAAUCCAUCUGAGCAAAAGUGGCUCAAAUCUAUCAAGUGAAAAGGCAUUCACGGACAUCAAAUAGUGGGGGCAUGGAGCCAUAUUUUCACAUCACUGGUAAAGCCGAAAAGACAGGCACCAAAGUACAAUUUUUCAUUAGAAGAUUUGUAAUGACCUUCGGUGUAGCGUGUGCUAGCAUUGGUUGGAUCUUGGAUACCGUGGCGUAGGAGAUAUAGAGCUGGAAACUGUCAGAUGUCAUCAGUAGCCAUUCACGAUUUGCCAUAUUGUUGCAUGCCAUCACCGUAUUCAACCAUCGGUGUCUGUCUUCAGAAUAAAACGACGUGUAAUAA